GGCUUCGAAAAGAAAGAGCUGACGGAAAGUUUGUACCUGAUGAACGUUUUGAAGAGGUGAAGGAAUUUGUCAGAAGCGGUGCUUUUGGCUCUUAUAACUAUGAUGACCUAAUUGGAUCGUUGGAAGGAAAUGAAGGUUUUGGCCGUGCUGACUAUUUCCUUGUGGGCAAGGACUUCCCCAGUUACAUAGAAUGCCAAGAGAAAGUUGAUGAGGCAUAUCGCGACCAGAAAAGGUGGACAAAGAUGUCAAUCUUGAAUACAGCGGGAUCGUACAAGUUCAGCAGUGACAGAACAAUCCAUGAAUAUGCCAAAGACAUUUGGAACAUUGAAGCUGUGGAAAUAGCAUAA